AUGGCCGCCGCUCUACCCCCUGGUGAAAUCCACGACACCUUUGUAAAAUGGGCCUCCUCGCAAGGCAUCCUCAUGAACGGUGUCGCGCCCGCGAAAUUCGUCGGACGCGGCAUGGGUAUAGUAGCUGCGCGGGACCUUAAAAAAGGAGAAAGACUCGUCCUCGUGCCCGCCAAGACUCUAAUAUCCAUCGACUCUGCCGCGGUGCGAAAGCACAAGUUCCCGAGUAACCUCUCGAUUCACGCGAGACUAGCUGCGUUCUUGGUAAAAGAGUAUGAAGAGAAGGAGUCAGGGCAUAGGCUGUGGCAAGAAUGUUGGCCGAGCGAGGAAGACUUCAAGAGUAUCAUGCCCCUGAAUUGGGGGGAGAAGUUACAGGAGUUGCUCCCAGGGCCCGCGAAAGACCUCCUCUCUGCCCAAAAAGCCAAACUAGCCAAAGACUGGCGCGCCGCCCAGCCCCUCCUGCCUUCCACCACGUUCAGCUUCUUCACUUAUGCUUGGCUCAUCGUCAACACGCGUUGCUUCUACUGGGACUACCCCAACGUGCCCGCAGCUCGAUUACCAAGAAAGCGGCAGAGUCUUACGGCAGAUGACUGCUAUGCUAUGUGUCCGUUUCUCGACUACUUCAAUCAUGCGGACCAGGGAUGUGAACCCAAAUACGACUCGAAAGGGUACACCGUCACUACGAAUCGGGACUACAAAGCAGGAGAAGAGAUUUACGUCUCCUACGGCGCUCACACGAACGACUUCCUGCUCGUCGAAUACGGCUUCAUCCUCUCCCCCAACGCCGCCGACACCACCACCCUCGACGCCCUCCUCCUCCCCUCCCUCCCCGCCUCCGCCAUCUCAACCCUCAAAGAGGACGGCUUCUACGGCACCUACACCCUCUCCCCCGCCGGCGCCUGCCACCGCACCCAAGCCGCGCUGCGCCUGCUGCACCUGCCGCCGCGGCGCUACGUGGCCUUCGUGAGCGGGGCGGACGACGGCGCGGGCGACCAGGCGCUUAUCGAUGCGCAGCUGCGGACGCUGCUGGAGGCGUAUCAGAGAGUUGUUAUGCAGGCGGCGGAGGAGGUGGAGGGGCUGGGGAUAGGGGGGUUGGAGCAGAAAGAGAUGCUGGUGCAGCGGUGGAGGCAGAUUGGGGCGAUUGUGAAGGGGGCUGGUGGUGGUGGUGGUGGUGGAGCCUGAGACUCGCUGAGGGAAGUACAAUAGCGGGACGCGUGGUGGUGGGUUUAGAUAGGGUGGUAUCGCUGCGCUGCCUCUUGUCGCGUUCUCGCCACUCGAGCAUCUAGGACAGCAACUCAAGCUGUGCGUGCGAGAAGAAACCCCAGAUACAUCAAUGAAAGAGCCCAAUAUAUGCAGACGCCCC